AUGACGUCACACCCCAGCUUCGCCAAGGUGGCCGGCCUGGCCAUCUCCGCCUCGACCCUCGGCCCCGCCAGCCUCAGCCACGUCUACAUGGCGCGCCUGCUGGAGCAGUGGGGCGACGCGGGGCUGGACGCGUUCGUGUCGUCGCUGCAGCGCAAGUACGCGCGCCAGGCGGCGCUCGCGGACGCGGCGGCGCGGCGCCACCUGGCGGGCCUCGCAACGUGGGCGGCGCCGGCGGGCGGCAUGUUCAUGUGGUUCAAGCUGGUGGGGCUGGAGGAUUCAAUGGAGCUUCUUGAGGCCGGGGCGGACGCCAAGGUGGCGGUCGUGCCGGGCAGCGUGUCGUCGGUCGUGGGCGCCAUGGCCGCCGCGGCCGCGGAGCGCAGCAGCGGCGGCGGCGGCACCAACGGGCACGCCGCCAACGGGCACGCCGCCAACGGGCACGCCGCCAACGGCCACGCCGUCAAUGGUCACGCCGCCAACGGCCACGCCGCCAAUGGCCACGCCGCCAAUGGCCAUGCCGCCAACGGCCACCCCGCAAACGGUUACCCCGCCAACGGCCACGUGACCAUCACAAACGGCGCGGGCGCAAACGGCCACCACGCCAACGGCGGGGACGCUGCUGCCCCCAUCGGCCGCGCGCCGGGGGAGCCCGCGUGCCCGUUCUUUCGCGUGAGCUUUGUCAGCGUGAGCGAGGAGGACCUGGAGGAGGGCUUUGCCCGCCUAGCGGGCGCCAUCCACGUCCUGAGGGCCAGGCACGCCCCCAAGUGCGCGGCGCCCGCCGCGGCGCCCGCCGUAGAGGCGCUCGUCGCGAGCGGGGUUUAG